AUGUUGAAACCAGCUAUUGAAGAGCUGGCUCUGAAUCCAUUCAGAGAUUUGGUCCGCGGCGGGUUCCAGCCGCGCCUUCCGACUUCGCUGCCGCCACCAGGGCAGCAACAGCAGCCGUCGCCGCUACCACGCCGACAGCCCGUCCCGUUGAUGCCUCCCGCGCAGCUUCAUACGGGAGCGCCCCGGGUGGUCGCUCCGGGGCCUGCGGUCCCUCUUCAGUCGCCACCGCCUUCGGAGCUGAUGGACGUUGACCCCUCAGCCGGGCCGCCUUCCCAAGCGGUGGCUGUGCAGCCUGUCCUGCAGCCGCUUUCCUUGGGCACCCCCAAGGCGUCUGACACCGCAGCGCCUUGUCCGGCGUCCACUCAGCAGCCGUCGACGCAGCGUCAGGAGACGCUGCCUCUCUUCGUGGGUCCCGACGCCCCGUCGCGUCCAGUACCAGAAGCUGCGCCCGUGGUCACAGGCGUGCACCCUGACCUCGGUUUUCAGUCGAUGUUUCCCGAGGCCCCGCGCAGCCAAUGCUGGGGUGCGGACCGGGGCUGCCACCGACAACAGUCUCCGCCCCGGUCUCUUCUGCUACGUCUGCGGCCAGACCCCUCCCCCGCCGUCGACGCUCGCCACGUCAUUAUUCAACGACGGUGCGGCGAUUUGGGGGGGAGGAGUGUUAUAUCCUAG